CAUCGAACGGCCGUCACUCCGAGCCUCAGGCUCCGAAAGUCGGAACAUUAAAAUGUCUCUCCAUUCCCAACAUUUUUCUACUGAGAACGCACAAGCCAAAAUAUCGGAGGAGAAAUCGCUGAAUAGAAGUUUCAACGGAAGGUCAUCACCAGCGGCGAUCUAGAUCGUGAAUUGGAAUAAAGAUGGCUGAUCAAGCCGUUGAGCACGAGAAAAACGAAUCUGUCGCUGAAUCUCUGAUCGAUAAGAUCACAGAUAAAUUUCAUGGCUCUGAUUCUUCCUCGUCGGAUUCCGAUGACGACGAUAUCAAAUCGGCCGCCGCUGCUGUGAAGGCCAAGAUCUACCGCCUCUUUGGCCGUGAAAAGCCUGUACACAAGGUUCUAGGCGGUGGAAAACUGUGUAUGAAUUGUAUUUCUGUCGAUGUGCUCAAUGUAUGUUUACAGAAGCCAACUGAUCUUGUUUUCUCUCGGGAAAAUACGGCAUUCUACAAUGUUGCUGAUAUUUUCCUCUGGAGGGACAAGAAAGUUUCUGCUGCUGUGCUUGGUGUUGCCACCGCUAACUGGGUUCUCUUUGAGUUGCUCGAGUACCACUUACUCACACUUGUGUGCCAUCUCCUAAUCCUUGGCCUGGCGAUCCUUUUUCUCUGGUCAAAUGCCUCAACUUUUAUCAACAAGUCUCCCCCUAAGAUCCCAAAUGUAGUUAUCCCUGAGGAUAUUGUUCUGGCUAUAGCUUCUUCUAUUAGGAUUGAAAUCAAUCGAGCUCUUGCCACCCUUCGAGAUAUUGCAUCAGGGAGAGAUCUAAAGAAAUUUCUUGCGGUGAUUGCUGGCUUGUGGGUUCUUUCUGUCUUUGGAAGUUGCUUCAACUUCUUGACCCUAUUCUACAUUUGUAACUUUGUAGAUCCAUUGAAUCUCAAAGGCAUUAUCGGGAAUGAUUUGCACUUCCUAAAUGAGUAUAUUCUGUGCUCUAUCUCUACCCUCCACAAACCAGGCUUUGUUUUGUUGCUCUCCGUGUCUUUGAUUUAUGAGAAAUACGAGGACCAAAUUGAUGCUUUUGCUGAGAAAGCUGAGGUGGAGCUGAAGAAACAGUAUGCAGUGUUAAAUAGGGCCCUUGAAAGACAAGAAAUUCCUCUAAGAUCCCUGGAUGGUGUUCGCAGAAAAAGCACAAGCUUUUUACUAACUAGAAUGGAUAGAGGCAGUCUCACGACAAAGGCUAAAGCUAAGAACCCGUGA